AUGUCGGUCUACGAUUUUGAAGGCAAAGUUGCCAUCGUCACAGGCGCUGGCUCCGGAAUUGGCCAUAAAGUAGCCGAACUUCUACUCCGAGCUGGCUGCAAUGUUGUCUUUGCCGAUCUAAAGCUACAGCCGGGAGCCGAAUCGACACUCCAAAAUCAUCAACUCUCUUCAAAAGAAAGACCCGUGGGCGCAAUCUUCCACAAGACGGAUGUAACAGACUGGUCUCAACUGAACUCUUUGUUCGAGACUACCUUGAAGGUAUUCGGUCAAGUCAACAUCAUCGCCAAUAUCGCCGGGGUCUAUGAUCCACCAUUCAGUGACUUUUGGAAACCACCCGGUGUGUCGCCUGAAUCAAGGGAUGCACCCGAUGCAAGUCCGGGGUCGUAUUGCACGAUCUCGGUCAAUUAUAUCGCCCCGGUUCGGCUAGCACAGCUGGCAAUUGAUUAUUGGUGUCGGAACCCUCAAGUCAAGGGCAACUUCCUUGCUGUCUCGAGUAUUGCUGCUUUCCUGCACUCACUGGAUACCCCGCUAUACAUGUCCAGCAAGGCUGCACUUGUGAGCUUUGUGAAGAGCCUGGGGGAACUGAACGACAUCUUUGGCAUUCGUGUUUCUGCUGUGUGUCCUGGGGGCGUCAACACCCCCUUGCUUGCGGGGAUGGUCGGUGAUGAAAAUCUCGAUGAGGGGUCACUCACACCCCAGGAAUGUGCUGGUGUAAUUAUCCGUGUCCUCUCAGAGCCACAAUGGGGCCGUGGGAGCAUUGUGGAGACUUUGAAGAAACCCGAGAAAUCCCAAUAUGUCGUUUCGGUCCGCGAUGUUGACCUUGAGGUUUUCUAUCCAAAUAUGGUGGCCACCGAAAACAUACUGAAAAAGCUUGGUGAGAGCCAUCAUACUUUUAUCGCACGUCUCAAAGAUAAAGGUAUGCGACCUUGA